AUGUCCGCGAGGCGGCGCCAGCGCGCCGAGGAAGCGGAGGCCACCCCGCUCGCGCCAGAGGCGGACGAUACCCUGCCGGCCGCUGCCCCGCCCGAGACGAGCGACGCGCAGCGGCUCUCUCCCGCCGCGGCGGAGCACUUGUUCCCCGAGCGCCGGCCGCCGACCGCCUUUGAGCGGCUCUUUGCGGCGGUGAAUGGUGCAGUGCGGCCUCAGCCACCCAAGGCGAGGCACGAGAUUGCCAGCUCGACACUGCUGCAACAGCUUGUCUGCGCCAACUCGGUGCUCUCUGCCCUGUGGGCCGCCGGCUGGAUCUGUCUCUUCCUGUGGAAGGCGUCGGUGUGGGAGCCGCCGCUGCACGUGGUGAUCCUGUCGCCGACGCUCUACAUUGCGUGGGCCGUGUUUGAGCCGAUCCGUCUGACACUGGGCUGCCUCGGCAACCUCCACGAGCGGAUCGAGCUGCUUGGUCCGUUUAUGUUUUCAACGCUGGCCGUGGCGGUCAUCCACGUCUACUUUCUCACCGCUCAGCACUACCUCGGGUGGAUCACGCUGCAGGUGGAGUAUCCGAUGUCGGCGCUACUGCUCUGCAUCUACGUUGCAGAGCUCGUUGUCGGUUGGCCUACCGCGAGACUGUUCAUCCUCAAGGCCGAGGCCAACUUUCAGCUCGUGAGCGCGGGCGACCUCGACGAGCGGUGA